ACAGACCCAUCACGUCAACAGUUGCAACAUCUGCCCAAACUCUGUGCAGGAUUGCUGCUGGAUGGAUUUCCCCUUGAGCUUGUAGAUGGAGAUGCCUCCAACAUACCUCUCAGAUGGGUGAGUGAUGUUCUCUCUCAGCUCCAUGACUUGGUGUCUCCCAAGAACAAGAUACUGGUAGUCACAGUUCUUGGAGUUCAGAGCACAGGAAAGUCCACUCUUCUUAACACCAUGUUUGGAGUGCAGUUUGCAGUCAGCAGUGGUCGAUGCACUCGAGGUGCUUUUAUGUUGCUCAUCAGAAUCAAUGAAGAUGUCAAAAAAGUGCUCAACUGUGACUUCAUGGUGAUCAUUGACACUGAGGGCUUAAAGUCACCAGAGCUUGCACAACUGGAUGACAGCCAUGAGCAUGACAAUGAGCUUGCAACACUUGUCGUGGGGCUGAGUGAUAUCACCAUCAUCAAUAUUGCAAUGGAGAAUUCAACAGAAAUGAAGGACAUCCUGCAAAUAGUUGUGCACGCUUUUCUCAGGAUGAAAGAGGUGGGCAAAAAGCCUAAAUGUCAGUUUGUUCAUCAGAAUGUAUCAGAUGUUU